AUGACGAUUAAGAAUAGGACGUUUGAAUGGAGAGCCCAUUUAGAUAGUUAUAAUAAAAUAAAUAAAAGGAACUUAACUAAUAACCUUAAUCUUAAUAAUAAUCACUCAAGGACAGAAUUCUCGAGGUUAGCUACAACGAUAGCGAAAGAUAUAGAAUCGACGACUUUGAAAUUACAAAAGCUAACACAACUCGCCCAACGAAAGAGUCUAUUCGAUGACAAGCAACAAGAGAUUAGCGAGUUAACGUAUAUUAUAAAACAAGAUAUAAACGAUUUGAAUUCACAGAUUCAACACCUACAGCAGUACUCUAAUCAUCAAAUCAAGAAGUCACCUUUAGGAGAGCAUCAGUCUAACGUUGUCAUUCUAUUACAGAACAAAUUAGCCAACACUUCAAUUGGCUUCAAAGACGUUUUAGAAUUACGUACCCAAAAUAUUAAAAAGACGAAAGAAAGAACUGAGAAGUUCACUAAUCUUCAAACGCAACAACCUGAAUACGUCUCAGAUUCACCCUUAUACAACUCUAGACCUUCUUCUUCACAAGCUCAUAGACGAAAACAACGGAAUUCUGAUUUCCUCGCUUUAGAUCUUGAUGACGCUGAGUCUGGUCAAUCCAAUGGUCAACCGGGAGCACAACAAAUGUCUUUAGUUGAUAGACAGUCUGAUUAUAUGAAUGAAAGGUCAACCGCAAUCGAUACUAUAGAGUCUACUAUAGGUGAACUUGGUCAAAUUUUCAGUCAAUUGAGUUCAAUGGUUGCAAUGCAAGGUGAAACGGUACAAAGGAUUGAUGCAGAUGUACAAGAUAUCAGUGAUAACGUAUAUGGAGCCCAAACUGAGUUGCUCAAGUAUUAUGAGAGCAUCAAGAGCAAUAGAAUGUUGAUGUUCAAAGUGUUCGGUAUAAUUAUCAUUUUCUUCUUGGUAUUCAUAUUGGUCACAUGAGUAUGGGAAUAAUAUAUAUAAUUAUACAGAUGAAUAUAUAUAUAU